AUGGCCAUAUCGUCCUUGGUAGAACAACAUGGCAGCGUGUCGUCUUUGCGGCCUUCAGCUGUGGCCCGAGUGGGGCAGGCCGUUAACUUGGCAGUCGAACGUUUCGUCACUGUCGGCGAAACUAUCGCCGAUGAUUACCCGGAAGUACGACAGGGGAUGUACGAAGCUUGCAAGGAAGCGCGACAAGCCGGUGGAGCCAUCGAACACAUUUGCGAAGUACACGAAGAAGAAGUGCUACCUGAUCGGACAACUCUGAUAAGAGCAGCAAGGUGUCUUCUAGGUGCCAUUACAAGAGUUUUGUUGUUAGCUGAUAUUGUUGUUGUGAAACAACUCCUCCUCGCGAAAGAUAAGGUAUCUCAUAGUUUGGAUCGUCUAGAGUCGGUAGGCAAUUUCACAGAAUUCGUAAAAGCCUUCAGUCAGUUUGGUGCUGAGAUGGUAGAACUGGCUCACUUGACAGGUGAUAGACAGAAUGAUCUGAAGGACGAGAGAAGAAGGGCACAAAUGGCGGCUGCUAGACAAGUUUUGGAAAGAUCUACGAUGAUGUUACUAACUUCCAGCAAAACUAGUAUGAGACAUCCAGAAUGUUCAUCCGCCAGAGAGAACCGUGACACAGUAUUCUGCCAAAUGAGGAGAGCUAUGGAUCUUAUCCAUUUCGUAGUUAAAGAUGGUAUCCUAACAAAUGCCGAUUCAAGUGUUCAAUCAGUCAAAAGAGAGGAACUUUGCGAAAAUGAGCGAGGGACAGCUUAUGCCUGCAUGAGGCAUUUGCAGCAUCUCCUCGAGCACAGUAAAAUAUCUAUGGAUCCUUCCUCUCAAGAGACGCUUCCGACUGCUCUAGAGGCUGUUUUAGAAAGAACUCAGGAUUUCACUGAUAGUGCCUAUACUAGUCAUGAACAUAGAGAAGCUAUUAUAGAAUGUAGUGAAAGAUUAAAAUCUGAACUGGAUCAUCUUUUAGGACUUUACGCUAAUAUUGUAACGAAUCACAUUGUGCUGAAAAAAUACUUUGGUGACUCCUCCAAUGCCUUCCUUGAUUCAUUGGAUCAUAUUCUGGAGGUAUGUAAAUUAUUACGACAUGUGGCAGUCUCAGAAACACUUCAAGUAUCUGCAAAAUUCACGGAAAUCAAUUUGAGAGUCUAUGGUCCUCAAGUAAUAACUGCUGCUAAAUCACUGGCCUCCUAUCCUGGCAGUAAAAUAGCUCAAGAAAACUUGGAAGUUUUCGCCGAUAUGUACCAAUGGCUAGUGUCAGAUGUGACUACCAUUGUCAAAGAUGUUCUAGAUGCAAGUCAAUCUAAACCUGAAAAGCAAGUCUACAUGUCUCUUCCAAGACCCGGUAAACAUGGCACCACUUCCAAACCCCUGAAAUCUGUGAGAUUGGACACUGAGGAACAGGAAAAAAUUGCCAAGUCUGGUUUAGAGAUGAAGCUCAUCACAAGUGAAAUGGAUGCAGAAACAGAAAAGUGGCAAGAAAAUAACAGUAACGCUGAGUUGGAAGAAAAUAACGACAUCGUCAAGAGAGCGAAAAAUAUGUCAGCUAUGGCUUUUUCAAUGUAUCAGUUCACUAAGGGUGAAGGGGAAUUGAAAACUACUCAGGAUCUAUUUACACAAGCGGAAUAUUUUGCAGAAGAAGCAAACAGACUGUACAAAGUGAUUAGACAAUUCAGCUACCAGGUUCCUGGAGGUAUUACCAAGAAAGAAUUACUAGCAAAUCUUGACAAAGUACCAACUUUUGUCCAACGACUGCAAUUCACAGUAAAGGACCACACCGUAGGAAAAGCAGCUACCUUCACUAAAGUAGACAAUGUGAUACAGGAAACUAAAAACCUCAUGGAUGUUAUUUCAAAAGUUGUCACUACCUGUUUUGAAUGUGCGACAAAAUACAAACUAGAAUUUCGUGGGUCAGGAUCCGGAACAGGAAGAGGAUCUGGUGGUGACGGAAGUUCUUCUAGCGGAGGCGGAGCAAGUGGUGACAACAAAGGCGGAGGAGCUACCGGACCAGAUCAGAGUUUAUGACAAAUGGGGAUGUCCCGGCGCAACAAGGGAGAUUCGCGAAGAACUCGUGUCUCCUUCUUGUUGUUCUAGGACGUCUCACCUGGGCGAUUCCAUUCCAACUAUACAAAUUUCAUUGUUGGAAGGAAAUAUGAAAUGUGGCGAUGUGGUGGAUGUUGCUAUGCAGAGGCUGGCGGAACCUUUAUAAAAGUUUCAGCACACUGGCAGGCGAAUUGAUCAUAAAAUAUCGUAUGGAAAUGACAAAGAAAAUUGGUGGCGUGGAGACUGAAACCAAUAACUGAACUUAUGACUUUUGUUUCACUAUUUGUUUGCGACAAGACAUACGAUUUUAUUCACAAUAUAGUUUUUGAAUAUGUUCAUCGUGGAUUUUCAUUCACGUUUGUUUAUGCUCGUUGAACGUGAUAGGAAUAGAUGAAAUAUUGUUUGAAAUUUCAAUUACCUACAAAGCAACAGUUUCGUCACUCUGUGCAAGUUUCACGUACCAAAUUUCUUCUGUUUGUGCCAAAAAUAAAGCCUUCUCAUAAAUGUAUUCACUACAGUGAUUAAAAACAAUACUUCCAUGAUUCAGCUUCGGCUUCAAUUUCAUAUGAAUUCGACCGUGAAUGAAUCUAGACAUCUAUUUACUGAGUAAGAAUUGAUGUUUUACUGACUAGGCUUCGACUUUUCACAAAAUGUUAGGGUUUGCGGAAUAUGUAGAUGAAAUGUAAACAAUCAUCAACUGACUGUAAUAAUGAUAAUCUACACCAAUAACUUCAGAAAACUCCAAUAUAUUCAUAGAAAUUUUGAUAGUUGUUAUUAUUAGUGGCGGAUCGAGUAAAAAUGAACAUGCCUUUUUGGGCCCAUUAAUUUCUUGGACUACGUAGAUGGAAAACUAUUCAGGAAACAGUCGCUUUCGGAGUCUAGCAGCAUUUGUUGAAAUAUUUUGGCCACCACUCUACACAUAUUAUCACAAACUUUCUGAGUGUGAUAAACGAUUACCAUACCAAAUAUUGGAUUUUGCGGAAAACAUAAGAUAGCGGCCUGGAUAAAUAUCUUUGCCCAAUUAUGAUUUGAAUUUUUUUUUUCAUGAAAAUACCCAUUUUCGAAGGUACUUGAAGUUGAUUAUAAAGUUCUCUUGGCUGUUCUACCACUGGAGAAAUCCAUGUUCAAGACUAUCGUCAUUCACCUCUAUCGAAGCAUAUUGAAAUUAUGGAAUUUUAACUGCUGUUGAAAGCUUCUUGAAUGUACUGGCUCAGAUUUUUUGGGAUGGGUAUAAUAAAUGACUAAGGUACCAGUGAUUUAAUUGUGUAUAUAGUAGAGCAAUUUUGUUUAAUGGUUUCCAUUACACAAUAUUCUUAAAACAACAUUUUUUAUACAAGUUACAGGCUAUUCGCUAUUUCAAUCAUGAGAGGUCCCUCAAACAAUAAAAGAAUUUCCAUAAUUUCCCUUUUAAUUAUGACGUGAAGUUUUUCAUUUCUAGAUUUUAUCUUUUCUGUUGUUUGAAGUUGGUUCAUAUUUUAGGAAUAAUCGUUUGAAAAACGUCUCAUAACUGACUUAUUAGUUAUUAGCAUCUUUUGAUCAUCUGGAUUAUCAGCUUCCUGAAUAGUUUUUGGGAUGGCUCCUGCGACUUUACUUUCAUUAUCUGGGUUGAUCCUGCCAACACCCUGUAUGUUGUGUUACUUGUUUGCACUGAUUUCAAUCUAUUUCUUGAUAGAUAGUUCAAAAUCAAUUUCAUUUCUUUUCGUUCUUUUCUUUCAUUGGUGUGUGGGAACAGACAUUUUUCUCUGACUAAUAAUCAUUCAUUUUGAACUUGAAUAUUAUUUUUGUGUCUGAUACUCCUACGGACAUCUAUAGGUGAGAGACGCAACCCUUUCAAUUCUCUUCAAGGUUCUAUUGUACCAAGGUAGCCUUGAUUCAAGUAGGGUAAACUUUCUAAGUCCAGCUUUCUUGGCCUUGACCAUCCAGGAUGUGUAAUAACGUAUAAAAAUAAUAACACAAAUAAAAAUCGUCUGAACACUGGAAUUAUAUGCCUCAAUCGAGAAAUCCUCGUCACUUGUAUAAUAAAUGCUCCUUUCUGGUUCAUAUAUUCUUUCUUUCGCUACUGAUUGUCCUUAAAUUUGGCACCCCCGCUUAGAAACAAAAUAACUUCCCUAUUAAGGCCACUAUCCUUAGCCUCGAAGGCUGAGGGAGGACACCCCUGUACUAGCCCCUUCGUGUCCUUCACAAGACUCCUUUCUCGGAACCUUCUGUCUUCUCUCCUUCCAAAAAGCCGGGAAGGAAAAACGGAUUCCUCGUCUCCCCGUUCCUCAUACCGUUUUCUUCAAGAGUCGCCCACGUGCGCCGGAGGUCACCAGAAAACUUAUUCCGCUGAAUUGACAAAAAUCACGAUUUCAAAGCUGGGAUAUUGAUUGGUCCAUAUCUACAUUCAGAGCAGUUUUCAGCUUCGUGACAAAUAUAUCUGACUAUGCAUCUUUUCCUAACACGCCUAUGAAUAGUGUUUAUAUGAACACUCUCGUCUUGUCAUAAGUCUCCAAUGUAUGAGACACAGAACCGGCGUUUGAAAAAAUACCUUAAUUAAAGAAAUCUGUCUCUUCCCGAAACUAGAAGGUACAUUUAUCAUACAUAACUUUUGCUAAGUAUUACAGACGCGGUGUAUAUUGUUUCGUUAUUGUUUAUUUGUUUUUUAGCCAAAAUUUGACUUUCAGUUGGUUUGUCUUCACUGGUUGAGAAAAAUGUAGAAAGGUUGAAAACGGUGAUUGCCAUAAUGUUUCAACAAACCCCUAAAUACUAAAUACUUUUUGACGCGUCUCCGCCUGAAGUAAUUUCUGAUACUUUAUGUUUUCAAAAUAUUUGAAUUUUAUCUACAGUACGUAUAUAUCGGAAAUCCCAAGAAAAAUCUGUCAUAUGGCAUCUGAUAUCAAGCAUCAAAAUAUAUCUACCUGGAACUAUUGGAAAAUCUUAAAUCUUGUAAGAGUUUUUUUGUAGAUUUUAUCGUUGUACGAACUAUUGGAAAUUGAAUAGCUUUACAUUACGUUAGUAACGUUUGAAGCAUAAGUUCCCUCAUAAUUUCAAAUAACGCUGAGGAAAAAAUGUUCAUCACUUUCCAGCAUAUAUAGUAAUUUGCUUACCAAAAAAAGGAUUUUUAGAUAAUGCUCUUUGAAAAAAACUUUCUUCCUUCACUAACCUGAAUUAUGGAAUCCCUCUUACAAAUCCAACUGGCAAAGCAAAACUGUUGAGCAGUUGUGAAUUGUAUGACGUUAACGGUGUGCACUAGCGGUUAUAGCGAUAGUGGUAGUGAAAAAAUUAAGAAAAGUACAUGAAUAGGUAAACUCGUAAAUAGUAAACUUCGAAACUGCUCCCGUAGUGACAGCGUGCUACUUUCGUACUCGUGAUUCCUCGGACGUGCAAAUGUUUUUUUUUUUAUUUUCCAUGUGUAUUGAAUGAAAAAUUUUUUCUACAGCCAAAAGUGCUAUAAAACAGCCUUUUUAUAAAGUUUUUUCAAUUAUGAAAACGUGUUGUAUAAUUCCAAAUUCAUGAAUACAUUUUUCAGAAAGAUUGAAAAGUAUAGAAAAAAUUUUGUUACACUUCAUUCCAUAUAAUAUUUUUCCAGUAUCUUUCGAUUUUUUAAAUACUGUAAACUUUAAUGACCUUGAUACUUCUCAACAGUCUUUCUCAUUGUACUAAUGAUAAUGUUAACAUUUCCCCUCAGGACAAAUAUACCAGCUAGAUGUACAAGAUAAGUUUUGUAUUGAAGCUUGUUACAGGUUUUGUUACAAGUUUUGUAUGAAAGCUUGUUAGGAGCUCAAUUACAAUAUGUGCGUUUGUGUCCACCCAUAUGCUUAUUUUUCAAUCUCUGUUUCACGAAAUUUCCACCCAUUUUUAGUAUUGACCGUUAAUGGGUUGAACAAUAUGAAUAAACUAAAAUUGAUUUCAAUGUAAUUGAUCUUGUAUCAAAGCUUGUUACAAGCUUAAGUAUAAUACGUGUGCGCAACCAUAUGCUCAUUUUUCAAUCCCUAUUUCAAGAAAUUUCCACCCAUUUCUAGUAAUGGCCGUCAAUGUGUUGAACAAUAAGAACAAACUAAAAUUCGAAGAAACAUCAAAUUUGAAGUUGUUCUUGAGGACUUCCCUGUUUAUAAAUUACAUCAUACAGCCACUUUGUGAAAGAUAUAGUAUACAAACUAACUGAGAAAAAUUGAUUUCAAUGUAAUUGAUUUUGUAUUGAAGCUUAUUGCUGCAAUAAUAAGCAUAAUAAGCACUGAAUAAGCAUAUGCUUAUUUUUCAAUCCGUAUUUCAAGAAAUUUCCACCCAUUUCUAGUAUUGGCCGUUGAUGUGUUGAACAAUAUGAAUAAACUAAAAUAAGAAGAAACACCAAAUUUGAAUUUGUUUUUAAGGACUUUGAAAAAUUGCCUGUUUAUAAAUAUGGGAAACUUACAAAAGAAGGAAAAAAAUAACCACAAUAGAAACUUUUUAUGAAAAUGAGUAGAUCAUACAGAAAGGUCUCUUUCAGAUAUAAACUCGAGAAAAAAUCCCUUUCGGUUUUGUUUUCACCAGAAGAGGCAAAUCUGCUCUUCUCACAAUGGCAGUAUGUAUACACAAUCAUACUGUUAGUUCAUUUAUUCCAUUAUGUUACAAACAUAAUGGAAAAAACUUGUUUUCAUGUAGGAAUUCAAUGUUCCUAUGAAAACAUUUGUUUCGAUAGGACUUUUUCUUUCGUGUAAUUCAGUGUUCACGUGAAAGUUGCUGUUUCUAAAUGUUUUUUUUUUCCAAUUUGCGUAUUAAAGUAACUUCUGUGUAUGUUUCACAUAUUUUUGUGAAGAGUUUUCAUUCUUCGUUCCUUCGAAGUUAACACAUUUUUUGUUUGAUAAUUGGAAAGUAGGAAGCCUGAAAGUUUUUUUCCAAGAAAAAAUUGUUUGUAAAAACUAUUGAACGUUUUAUUUGAAAAUAAUAAUAUUUACCCAAAAACUUACUUUCAUAAUUAAUUUCUGAGAUUUCACCAAAAAAUAAUAAAUAAAAAGUCAUACUUUCCUUUUGAACCUAGCACUCAAAUUGUUUUGAAAAAUUUUUUUGGUAAACAUAUUGGAUGUGUUUCCAGAACAGUAUUUUUAUGAGUCGAGUGUAUAUGCCGGAGACGAUAUUUCAAGUAUGAGUUCGACUAGAAUUUUUCUUGGGAUUGAAGAAAAACACUGUUACUACAUUUUACCUUAUUAUAAUUGUAACUGAUGAAUACAUGUUGUGCCUGUGAAAUAAUAAUUACAGUGAGCUACAUUAUAGAAGUGUUUACUAAUAAAUACAUGUAUUUUGUAAUAAUUUAUUUCAGUUGUGAGGUUUUCAUGAUCAAACUGGAACUAAUGAUGGAAAGAUAUUAUGUUUUUGAUUACUGCUUUCUAGCGUUGCGUCGAUAUUUUUCAGAACCUUUCAUAUUUCUCUUGCUGAAACUGGUGAUUUUUUCGAUACAGAGAUUUAAAUCAUUACUAUAAAAAGAUAAUUCAUUAAAGGUUUCAGUUCUGAUCAUGGGACGUGAGAAAUAUCUCCUCAUAAAAGCCGUGGUAGAUUUGUGAAAUCAUAUAGCGAAGAGACCUAAAUAAUAUUUUCGUGACCAGUAGUUUAUAGAUUUUGUACCUUUCAAAUUGUAUACCUACUUGUUAUAAUAAUGAGGAAUUAUGGGUUAAUAUGGAUCUGUAUGGAAAGAUAUGUAUGUGUUCGAAUAAAAUUAUUGAAAGGUUAAAAAUAUAUCUCUUGAUUACAAAAAA